CUCAGCCCCCUCUCAACUCAUCUUCAUUUGUAUUUUCUUGUCCAUCGCAUGAGCGUGCAGAACCUCAAUUCUUACGAUCCCUUUGCAGACGAAGGGGACCCGCUCGGAGACGCAGCUGACGUUGGGUCCACAUCAGACUACAUCCACAUCCGUAUUCAGCAGAGGAAUGGGCGAAAGACGUUGACCACUUUGCAGGGCUUGCCCAAACAAUAUGAUUCCAAGAAGAUUUUGAAGGCCUUUAAAAAGGAAUUCGCUUGCAACGGAACUCUCGUCGACGACGAGAAAAUGGGACAAGUCAUCCAACUCCAAGGGGAUCAGCGCGCCAAGAUUUCAAACUUCCUUAGCGAGAAUGGAAUAGAGAAGUCGACCAUCAAGGUGCACGGGUUCUGAGCCUCACCUCUUGAUGUAAGACAACAACCCACUGCUCUUCUCAACGGACCUCUUUCGUCCCCCCCAUUUCUUCACCUUUACGUAUACAUAAAUCCGUUAUCUUGCACUCUGAUUUGUACGGCUCAGUUCCUUUGAAUCCGAUAUUAUAUGUAUUCUCAAGUGUACUUAAGAGGUUGAAUUACCUGAGGAGAGGGUCGAUUAUUAAACCUCCAUAGGCCUGAAUACUUCAUUGCCAUG